GGUCGGAAAAUUUCGAAAAACAGCGCUGACGGGCCCUGUCAAUCAUUGCGCGAAGGGGGCGGUGCCUUCCCGUCCCAGCGCGGCGCAGGCGCGCUAGCACGUGCUCCUGUGGCGGGAGUUGCACGCUUGGCGGCGACGCCAUGGACGCCGCCUGGCUCCAGGCCCUGCUCGGCAAGCGGGUUAGAAUCACCCUGGUGUGUGGGGCUUAUUCGGGGUGUCUACGGCAUGUGGACACCGCCACCAAGGCCGUCGUCCUGGAUCAAGUUGAAGAUUUGGAAAAUAAACGAAAGCUGCCUGGUGUUAAAAUGUUUUUUGGGUAUGAGAUCAAAAAUUUGGAGAUCCUUGAUGCCUCGUCAACUGCAUCUGCAAUUAAGCUAACAAAUGAUAACAAGGGCAAACUGGAAGAUACAGCUCCAGGAGAGGCACUUGGAGAGAGACAUUUCCCAGAUUUGGAAUACAAAGACUUGGAAUACAUUGUCAUCGACCAAUUUCAUCAAAAGUUUGGUCCAGCAAUCUUUCACAUUAAACAACAGAACGUGAUUGGAGUUGCAGUGAAAGGUGUUAAUGUCUGCCGCUUUGGGAAGCUGUGCUGGAUGCAGAUUUCAACAAAUGAUCGGAUUUACUUCUUUGACAUUUUUCUCCUGGGACCAGCGGCAUUUAAAAACGGACUUAAAAUGGUUCUGGAGGACAUUAAUGUACUGAAGGUGAUCCAUGAUUGUCGCUUGUUCUCUGACUGCCUGUAUCAUCAAUAUAGAGUGGAUCUCACCAAUGUCUUUGAUACUCAGGUUGCUGACGUUCUGCAGUUCUCCACAGAGACAGGAGGCCUUCUUCCCAGCUGUGUCAGUACUUUGGAAGAAUGUCUAGUCCGUCACCUUGGCCUCCCUCCAACAAAAAUUCAGUUCCUGCAGCACAGUGUGGCUGCUCUCAAGGCUGAUCCAAAGGUGUGGAGCUGUCGUCCACCCCCCCAACGCUUGAUGCAGAGUGCAGGAUUAGAAGUGAUGUUUCUGCUUCCACUCCGCUCUGCUUUGAUGGACAAGUUAAUGAUGGAUUUCGUAACUCAAGUGGACAACUACCUGAGCAUGUACAGAAAUAUGCCCAGCAUUUCUUUUGGGUAUGCUGAGACUUCCUCUUUGGAACUUCCUUAUGAAUUGAAGGAGUUGACUAUUAUUCAGAGGUUACGAAGAGAGGAUGCUCUCAAAAUCUAUAAAACUGAUGAGGACGGCCUUCUUGUGAGACCAUACCCUCAAUUUGAGAAUAAACCCAAAGAAAGGAUAGUAAACAUAGAUGACAUUCCAGAGCUUGAAAUGACCAAGACAUCAAGGGAAGAUGUAAAUGAAAUGGAGAAUGAGGAGAUUCCAUUGCUUGAGCCCACUCCCAGUUGUGGUGAAGAUAUUUGUCCUCCCCUGGAACAAGUCAGUCUUUCAGCAGGCAGACUUUGAGGGAAAAGUAGUGCCCAUCUUUGCUGAGAACCUAACUGAGUUACAUGUGAGAAUUUUGAUCUCUAGGUGAACUAACUGGGUUGCUGUGCCAAGAAACCAGAGUUGCACCGACUUGAUUCCCAUGAUCUUUGGACCAAAUCAAGACCUCUGAAGACAGCAUGUUUCAAAUUUGUAUCAAAACCCAGUUCUCAGCACAAAGUGAGAAGCUUCUAUGGACCACACUGGCCAGAACCUGCUUCGGUUUAUAGCUUACUUGAGUAGCUGGGUGGCUUUUAAUGCUCCAGUAUGUUGUACCUGGUGUGAGAGUCAUGGGUUUCAUAUGACAGUGACCUCACAGUUGACUUAUGCUGUGGGAAGGGAAGUGCUGAAGGAACGCUGCCAAUCUGAUGCUUCAGCUAAACAACAACAAAAAUAAAAGGUAGUUAAUUUGGGGAAAAAUAAAAAUGUUAACCAGCAGUACAUUUUCAAUGAAUGCAGUCAAGACCUGUUUUCAUGGGAUUUUUGAUGAUGCUUUAAGGUUUUGGAUACAAAAGUCACUUCUUUAUGCCAAUUUUAGUAAAAAGCUGUGAAGUGGUGUGAAAGUCCUGAGAUCUUCUUAAAUAAAUAGCUUCAAAAAUGAACCAAGAUGUUGUAUUCUUGACGAGCUGAGGAAGUGAUGUUUACUUCUUGAGGAAAGUUCUGCUGUACUCAGCCUCCAGAGUGUAGAGAGCUUAUAAUAACUUUAGGAUACAUGAGAAUUGUUCACCUGAAGACAAACAGCAGUAGAUAUGGAUGGAGUUAGAAUUAGAUUUGUGUACCAAGUGAAAGGUAAAAUGGCUUAGACUCCGUGCUUUGAUUACUCCUCCACAAGACAGUUUCUUUGCCUUUAAUAUUGAGCUCCAAAUCAUGCUUUGAAUGUAGACAAAUUAUUGUCCUUCAACCAGCAACUACCAAAAGGCAGUUAUUUUCAGUAAAUAUUCCGUUGCUGUUUGAGGGACUUUGCUGUAUGUAAAUUGGUGGAGAAGGAACAAUUGUCAGUUGUAUAUUUUUAGAGCUCUUGCUCUGGAAAUGGUGCUGAAGUCUUGAUCUCAAGACUUUCACACCAUAAGGUCUCUGCAGCAACCUGCUUUUGUGAUGUUUCUGCAGGAAGUUGCUCUUGCGGCAAAUGUACUGAUCUAACUUUGAAGUGACUGUCACUUCCCUCUUUGAUUGCAAUACUUGCAUUUUGCACUCCUCCAACUAUUUGUGUACAUAUAACAAAAGCAAUCAAUGAUGGUGAUAUUAGGAAUUGCAUAGAUCAGUCCUUUUCAAAUAAAUAAGGAAUGCAAAGGACAUCAUGGUUGAACUAUGGAAGAUCAAAUUGUUUUAAAAGUGAUAAUAAAUUUGGGUUGAAGAUUGCAGG